AUGGUGCAGUUUUUCGAGGGCGAGCGGGCCUCGGCCAGGGGCCACAAGCUGGUCAGCGUGACCUACCUGCCCGAUGCGGCGGCGGGGCCGCCCAAGGCCGUGCUCCUGUUCCACCACGGCAUCGGCGAGCACAUCGGGCGCUACAAGUCGAUCUUCGAGCGCUUGGCCGAGGAGGGCAUCGCGGUGUACAGCGGCGACAUUGUGGGGCACGGCAAGAGCGACGGGGACCGCGCACUGGUGGAGUCCUACACAGAUGCGGUGGACGAGUUCCUGGCGCUGGCCAAGUUUGCGGGCGAUGACGUGGCGCGGCGGUACCCCGGCGCUGCGCCCCCUCCCUUCUUCGUCGGCGGCCACUCCCUGGGCGGGCUGAUUGCGUCCCUUGCCGCACACCGUGACCAGUCACGCUGGGCGGGCCUCAUGCUGUGCUCCCCCGCUUUGGAUGUGGAGAUGGGGCCGGUGCUCAAGAUCCAGGCGGCCCUGGGCGGCGUGCUGGCUGCGGUGGUGCCCAAGGCGCGCAUCGUGCCUGCUGUGGACCCCAAAGACAUGAACCCAGGCAGGAAGGGCGGGGCUGACCCCGCCUGCGUCCAGGCAUACAUCAAUGACCCACUCAAUACCGUGGGCAACCUGGCUGCCCGCACCGCCAACGAGGGCCUCAAGGGCAUGCGGUGGCUGCGCCCGCGCUGGCCCGAGCUCAAGCUCCCGCUCUACAUGCACCAUGGCGAGGCAGACAAGUGCACCUCCCCCAAGGCCAGCCAGGCCUUCUACGCCGCGGUGGGCAGCUCCGACAAGACCAUGAAGCUGGUACCGGGCGGCUACCACGAGGUCCUCUUCUCCCCGGGGGUCAGCGAGGGGCUGGUGGCAGGCAUGACCGAGUGGAUCAAGCAGCACCUGGGCGGCGGCGGCGGCGCAGCCAAGAUGUGA